AUGGAUGACCGUGUACAACGGAAAAGCUCUGAAAGUUCUUUUACUUCUAAUAAAGAAGACAUUAUAAGUGAGUCAGAUCUCCCAUCAAUCCUCCUAUCAUGUGAAACACUUGCAUAUCAGCAUAUAGAAGACAGAAACUACGCAGCCGCUCUAGUUUCUUUAAAAAGAAGUGAAGAAAUAAUGGAAGCCGUCGCUACUCAAGGCGGCUCAACUGAUCCUGACCAAAUUAUUACAACAAUUCACAACAUGGCUUUAUGCUACCAACAGUAAUAAUAAAAUAGGCUCGGAGACUGAAAAAAGUGCUCAAUGUAUUUAGAUGCUUGCAUAUAUAACGCAGGGACUUUUGGGAUUAUGAAGUCAAAAAAAUCGCCUGAAGAAGACCAAAUUCGUCGUCAAAAAUAUAUAUAAUUAUUUAUAUUAAAAACCAUUAUUUUUUUUUUAAAAAAUAAAUAGCUUCAGAAAAUUUUUAUAUAUGAUUCAUUUAGGAUAAGGAUAUGUAAAAUCCAUUUACAGUACUGCGGAAUUCUUUCAAGAACAGGAAACCAUAUGGAAGCUUUAAAACAAGCUAGAAUGGCUCAUCAGUAUUCCUGAGCAGCCUUGGAAUCGACUGUAGCUUCAUGGAAAAAGCAAAUUAACAAAAUGAAAAACAAGCGAAAACCUACCCAAGAAAAUGACCAAAAGUCGUUAAUUUUGAAAAGAGCUGCAAAUACACUGGCUGCGAUAGAAAAUUAUUUGAGGAAAGGUGCUUUACCAUCAGGAAAUGAAUUAAGGUCAGCUUUAGGUGUUAGAGGGCAUCCAGAAUGAGUUUAUCAUUUUAAUAUUGCAGAAAUUAUGAUAAUGAACCCUACAAAAACUGAAGAUUUUAAGAAUGGGAUGGGAAUUCAGGCUGAAUUUACAAAAGAUUAUAUGCUUGAUUUUACUUAUUUUCCCAGCAUUUUUUUUGAUAUUUAUCUAUUUUUUUUCGUAAAAUAAGUCAAUUACUUUAGCUUCCUAACUAUAAAUACUAUAAAAAUGAAUAUUUUAUAUAAAAUUUCUUUAUUGGCGAUCAGCCAAUUUUGUAUGGGAACAGAAAUGAAGUAUAGUAGCCAGAGAAAACCUGGAGAAAAUUUAUGCCAAAAUGCUAUUAAGCUAAUGCGAGGAUUUUUCCCAGAAGAGUGUCCAUUAAUUCAGCAUUUUUUGGAAACAGAAAUGCAUAUUAUUUCAGGUGAACUUCAAGAAAUACCAGAAAAUCCUAAAAGAAAAAAAUCAAGGAGGACGAACUCAGAUUUAUCAUUUUUAGUGCCAAGGGAAACUAGAAAUAGCGUGUCAUUUAUAUCAAGGCCAAGCUCAAAAAGACCUGCAUCUCGGCCGAAGUCUGCGCUAGGGUCUUUAAGUCCGGAGCGGCGAAGCCUAGAAAGACAUUCUUCUCAGUCUAAUAGAUCGCUUGAGAAAUUACAAAGAAAAAGGAGCCUUAAUAGUUAAAUUAAUAAUUUAUGUAGAAUAGAGUGACUCCUCAGCUUGGAUCAUGAUCUUAGUGUAUGAAGAGAGUUGCCUCGACUUUUGCUCUAGGGACAGGCCGAAACCUGCCUCAGACCAUGCAGAACAAAAUAUACCAGAGGGAGGAAAACCUUCCACCGAGGCCUUCACCUAAUAUUGUGCUAAAAUGGCUUCUAUUCCCCUCCAAUAGAAAUUAAAACUUUUGAAACCCUACCAAAAAAUUACCCUCACCUUUAGCCAAUCUCCCUACCUAGCGGGAGCCGGUGUAUGCCGCGAGAGGCCAGAUGUUCUCCAGCUCUUAAUCCCUGGAUCAACUUUAGCAAUUGUCACCAAUCGGUUAGCUCUUAUUGAAAACAACUACCUGGCCUUCUUUCGAACUUCCCAUUUUACUUAUGAAAAGAGCCUUAAAACUAGCCAAAUCCCUCAGUCCCAGUCAAGGGUACAUGUAGACUAG